UCAGCUCCUACACACUGACCGCUCUGCAAUCUGGACUCAACAACAGAAGAGAAGAGAAGAAGUUCAGCUCCCAAUGCCAACAAAAACACAACCCGAAAGGCUUUUUCACCUCUGUGGACGAUAAACUUCCAGCUCCGUUACAGGAUGGAUUUCUUGGACGUGCGCUCUCCUUAUGAUUACACCUUUAACUUCUGGAACGACUACCUCGGUUUGUCGACUCUCGUCGCCAAAAACAAGAUCAACAGCCCAUCCUGCAACCCCAACUCCAUUACAGAGUCCCUGAAGGCGACGCUGGGUUUGGAGGAUGACUCCCCGGUCUGCUCCUGCGUAAUCGGCCACGGCAGAGACGGUGACGCGCACCCGGACUGCUGCUGCUGCUGCUGCUGCGCGGCCCCGGGCUCCCCGCCGAUCUCCCUCUACGACCUGAAGGAGCGCAUCUCUCUCCUCAGACCUUACGACCACCCGGCUGCCGACCCUCAGCUGGAAGGCAGGGAUUCCCCGUCGUAUGCGGGGAGCUUCCCGGGCUUCGACCUGUGCGCCAUGGAGCGGAGACGCAAGCAGAGCCAGAGGGCCAAGCCGGAGCCGAAGGUGUGCGUCUUCUGCCGGAACAACGGCGCGCCGGAGGAGGUGUACGGCACCCACAUCCUGAAGGCGGCGGACGGCAGGGUCCUGUGCCCCAUCCUGCGCGCGUACACCUGCCCCCUGUGCAGCGCCAACGGGGACAACGCGCACACCAUCAAGUACUGCCCGCUUUCCAGGGAGCAGCCGAGCCAGAGGGCGCCCAAAGCGGGCAGAGCCAUCGGCAAACGGCUGAAAAUCUUCUGAAUCAACUCGCGCUGGCUGCAAAUUAAGCGUGCAUGGCAGUAAUUUAGCCUCAUUUCAUGCACAAGACAAGGCUGGAGAGUCCUAUAGAUUUCUUCUUGGUGUCACUGUUUUAUUUGUAACGUAACGCUAUUGUUUACACUUGGACGCAUGGCGCGCGAUGAGCCCCCCCAGCCCCCCAGCACUCUAAAAACUUGUUGAACCAAAGUUCUGUACAGAUCGACCUGUGAAUGAGCAGCUUCAUGCUGUCAGAGGUUCCAGAGCCCAGUCCUCUGCAGAGACUAUGCAGCUCUAUAAGAGGUGAAUGUUCAGUCCUGUUGACCACCGGUCUGACAGACAGACCACUGCAAGAUGCAAACACUUUACAUCCAGCACACUUUUGUUUCCCUGAGAUAUCAAUGUUUUCUACCAAAGGAAUUCCACUUUUAUAUUGAAUCUUACCCGGAAGGUUAUUUCUGUACUGUUURUAUGAUGGAUGUCUUCUCCUGGAUGUGAUCUUAUGUGUUUAUUAGAGAAGUUUCAGCUCAAAUUGUGUUCCUCGGUUUCUGUCCCACUUAAGGAUAGAUGGCCUUUUUUAAUUAUUAUUAUUAUUUUCUUGUGCACCUGCGAUUUUUGUAAAUKCAAAACAAUUUUAGAAAUGAAAAAGCCUGACAUUCCAAAGUAUUUGUCGACUAAUAAUAAAAAUGUUUUAUGUAUCUAUUUUUACCUUAUGUACCACCGGGGAAAUAUAGUCAAAGGCUUCUGAAUAAAUACAUUAUUUGCAUUAGUUUGACUUGAACUGA